AGUGAUCCACAACUAAGCUCUAACUGGGCAGGCGCUGUUUUGACCGCUGACUCCUCGACAUAUACCUCAAUAACCGGCACUUUCAUUAUCCCUUCUCCCUCCUUUCCUUCAAGCACUGCAAGAAGCUCUAGCACCUACUCAGCAGCAGCAUGGGUUGGCAUUGACGGUGAAAACUGCUCGACUGCACUUCUACAAACCGGAGUGGACCUUACCGUAUCUGCGAACGGCAGUGUCUCGAUCAACGGGUGGUAUGAAUGGUAUCCUGAUUUCUCUCAUGAUUUCACUGGUAUACAGUUCUCGGCCGGAGAUACAAUAACUCUGGCCGUCAGUGCGAACUCCACCACCUCCGGAAAUGUCUUAAUCGAAAACACGUCAACCGGUCAAAGCGUCAAUCAUAUCUUGACAUCGACCUCUGCCCUCUGUCAGACCAGCGCAGAAUGGAUCGUCGAGGACUAUCGACUUGGUGCAGAGACUGUGCCACUCGCUAACUUUGAGACGGUGAAGUUCACUGGUGCGCAAGUCGUAGCGCGUAAUGAAGUCCUAGGUCCAGAGGGAGCAAACUUGAUCAACAUGGUCAAUGCAGCAGGGAACGUCCUUACAGAAACUCAGAUUGAUCCAACAUCAGUCACAGUGACCUAC